UUGGGGUGGGGUCACGAGGCGUGGUCUCGAGGAUGUGAAGGUGGGGAGAGAGGGCGGGGUCACUGGGCGGGUCUGUGAGGGCGUGGGGGCCUGGCUGUGGUGCAGUGUGUAUGAAGGGUGAGGGGCGUGGUCGCACGGUCGCGGGGCUGGGUCUGCCGACCUGUCAGCAGUGGAUGAUGGGAGGCGAAGGUCCAGGGACAGACGAGACCUCCACUGCUGGCUUCAUCUUCGGCCCUGCCUUUCCCCCACAUUCACCUACAGAAAUCUCAGUAGUGCCAGUCACUUUGGAGUCUUUCUGGGACCACUUCCCAACACUAAGUGAAUAAGAGGCAGGAGGCACAGCACAGAGGGUGAAGAAGCCCCACCCUGAGGGGUCACGCAGGCAUGACCAAGGCGCAGAAGAGAGCCAUCCGGAGACCCUGUCUCAGACACCGUGGGCAUCCCUCGCCCACUCAAGGCACUUAUUUGGAGCAGAGAGCAGGCCUGGCCGCUGACCCUAGUGAGGGCAGUGGUGGUGGCAGUGGCCAAGGGCUCAGGACCAGGUGGGUUGGAGAGGCACGGUGGCCGGCAGUGGAGGGUGGUGAUGUCACAUCCUCAAAAUCCAAGCUAGGGCAGCUGCAGUAUCACUGUUCCUUGCAUGGGGGCUCCUGUAGUGGCGCUGGGCUCAGGAGAGAAGGUGCAGGGGUGGGGAGCCUGCAGCCUUGGGGCCACAUGGUGACCCUUUGGAUCCUUGAGUGCAGGCUUUUGACUGAAUCCAAAGUUUACAGAACAAAUCGGCCUUCCUGCUGACACCCCCAUCUGUCCUUCCCAGUAGGAGCCUGUGAUGGCAGUCAAGCCCCAGGACAUUGUGACUUUUGAGGAGGUGGCCGUGUACUUCACUCAGGAGGAGGGGCAGCACCUGGGCCCACAUCAGAGAGCGCUCUACCAUGAUGUGAUGCUGGAGAACUACCACACCCUGAAGGCUCUGGGUUUUCUAGUGUCCAGACCCAGGAUUAUCUCCCAGCUAGAGCAGGGGGAGAUGCCAUGGGUUGUGGCCCUGCCAGCGCUCCCCCAUUCAGAUUCUCAGGUCAAGACAAAGCACAAACUAUCAAGUCCCAAGGAAACAUCUUCUGAAGAAGAAUUACAAGGAAUAACUCAGGAAAUUUUCCCAAGAGGCAAUCCAGAAGCAUUUGAGUUUCAACAAGCUUGUGGGACUGAGAAAGGAGCAGAACAUUCAUGGAAAAAAUUCACAAUAAAGGCCAGGAAGAAGUUCUUUCCCCAAAAGAGAGCUUUGGGGCAAGUGGUCAACUCCCUGCUUAAUACCAAUGCAGUAGAGAAAUACCAGGAAUGUAACAAACUGGAGAAAAGCUUGUCUCUGGGCACAAAGCCUGUUGUACCUCAGAGGGACAGGCCAGGAGAGAAAGCCAGUGGGUGGAGGUUGGGUGGCCAAGGCUUUCCAUGUCAGGCAGGCUUCAGUGGACCCCAGACAGGUCCCAAUGGGUUGAAGACCCCGGGAUGUCAUGUGUGUGGGAAGUCUUUCAGCAAGAACUCUCACCUGAUUCGACAUCAGAAAAUUCAUACUAGAGAGAAGCCUUAUGUAUGUGUGGAAUGUGGGAAAAAAUUUAAUCACAACUCAAUCCUUUUACAACAUGAGAAAGUUCACCGUGGAGAGAAACCCUAUGUGUGCAAUGAAUGUGGCAAGGGCUUUAGGGAGACAUCGAAGCUUGCUAAACAUCAAAGAAUUCACACUGGAGAAAAACCAUAUAGGUGUAAUGAGUGUGGCAAAGCCUUUAGUGGGAAUUCAAAUCUUACUAAACACCAACUGAUACAUACUGGAGAGAAGCCCUAUAAUUGUCAUGAGUGUGGAAAAGCCUUUAAUCAGAAAGCAAAUCUCAUUAAACAUCAGAGAAUUCAUACAGGAGAGAAACCUUUUGAAUGCAAAGAGUGUGGGAAAAGCUUCAGUCAGCCAUCACAUUUGAUUCACCACCAAAGGAUGCAUUCUGGAGAGAAGCCCUACAAAUGCAAUGAGUGUGGAAAAGGCUUCAGUCAGACAUCACACCUGGUUGAUCAUCAAAGAAUACACACUGGAGAGAAACCUUAUGUGUGCAUUGUGUGCAAGAGAGGCUUUAUUCAGAUGUCACACUUGAUUCACCACCACAGAACACAUUCCGGAGAGAAGCCCCAUGAAUGUAGUGAAUGUGGGAAAUGCUUCAGCCAGAGCUCAACCCUUAUUAGACAUCAGGUUAUCCACACUAUGGAGGGUGCAUAUGAGUUAAACGAACGUGGGCAGGCUUUCAGUGUGAGCUAGCCUCUCGGUCACCAUUUCACAAAUACUACUGGAGAGGGACUCUUCAAUUCAUACAGGAAGGAAAAGCAUCCAAGAAUGCAACAAAGGUAGAAAACCUUUCGUUGUGGCUCAUCAUACAAUGUCAGAGAGUUCCUACUAGAAAGACCACCUGUGGAUGUAGUCAAUGUUGAAAAAGCACUUAGUAGGGGCUCACACAUUAUUCAUAAUGAGAUGAUUCAUACGGGAUGUAAUGGAUGUAAAAGGUUUGGUGCAUUGGGCAGAAGGUGGAACUCUGGGUCCCUGCUGUUGCCAAACUGUCCCUGUCAUUUCUCACCCAUGGUGGUCAGGCUCUGUAGGCAAUCUGUUGCUUUACACUGGGGUUGUGAGAUGGAGACAAAGACAACCUUAUUCCUGGCUGGGAAUGCCAGGGGAGGCCAGUGAUCUAUGAUGUGGCCAAACCCAGAGAGAAGCAGAUAAAUGAGUCCCCAAAAUGAAUGCACAGAAAAAUGCAAAACUGCUAGAGUUUGUGUCAGCCCUGGAGCUGCUUUUUUAUCCUGAACUGUAAUGAGUGGUGACUCAAGGUCUUCAUGAAACCAAACAGAGAAUAGCUGAAAUAGCUUCCUUCACCUCUGUACUAAAUUUUUUAAGCCUGAAAGUAUGUAGGAUGGUGUCAGUCCCUACCCCCUGAUAUAUACGUUCAUGUUUUUCAUCAGAAAGUGAUCCAGUGGGGUUACUGGUUGUACUGAAAGCUUCAUUCUAUAAAUCAAGGGUGUGUUAAAGAUGGUUUAUUUCUAGUUCAUACCUCCCCAAAAUGAUUUCGAUUAAAAUAAUGAUAUAUAAAAUAAGGUCAUUAAAGUAGAAAUAGAAAAUAAAGGAUUAUAAAGCCAUUGA